GGGGUGUCGUUCACAGGUACAGGACACUCGUCAUAUAUAAAUGGAUUGAUGUUUUGCAUGUUAAAGUCAGUAGUUACUACCAAGAAAGUGUGAAGGGACUAAAGUUUGCCUGGUUAUAUAAUUUAAGUGAUAGACCACUUACUUUUUCAAGGUGAGUACACGGUUUUGAUUACGGGAUUGCCUUUCUCCAAUCCUCACGAAGGUAUACUAGGCUAUAGCAGUAUAGCCUACUAUAAAAGUAAUUAUACCAAUUGAAUAGGCUACACCAAUCUUUGGUUUUAUGGAAUAUCUUAUUUUAAACUAGGCAAAAUGACGAUAAAAGUUAGGCUUCUGUACACAUGGGACAAGAUUGUCAACUGAGAGUGUUCUGUCUGUGAUGGAUAAAUCAUCAGUAUUCUGUUAUUUACUUUGCUAUCAAAGUUGAUAAAGUAAUCUAAAUUGAUAUAGGAUAGGAAACUUUGCUCCAAAUUAGUAGCCUAAACGACUAUUAAUUUAGGUGCGUAUCAACUUUGCUCCAAGUGAGAUAAUAAUAAUAAUAUAAUAUGCCAUUUAGCAGACGCUUUUAUCCAAAGCGACUUACAGUCAUGCGUGCAUACAUUUUUGUGUAUGGGUGGUCCCGGGGAUCGAACCCACUACCUUGGCGUUUCAAGCGCCGUGCUCUACCAGCUGAGCUAAUGUACUAGUUAGAUUGUUGUGGGUGCUGAAUUAAAUUGAUUUGAUGGUAUUAGUAGAAUAGAUCCUAAAUCUAAUCUGGGAUGCAUAUCGUGCUGCCAGGGUUUGCCCUGUUACAAAGUACCACUGUUAUUACAAAGUAACAAACGUGGUACACAAGAGGAACUAGCGCGCUACAUUGCAACAUUCUACGCCGAACGGUUGUUCAGAGAAUUCGAAGCGGAAGCUGGUCCGUCGGCUCUUUCGUCCGACUGUGGUCACAUCGAGUUCUGACCUUAUGAUCUGGUUAGCUAGCCUCUAAGGACAGCAAACUGUCAUCUUGUCAUUACCCUAUGAUUGUAAGGUAAGAUGAUACCUAUCGUCGAUAGUUUUGUGAAUGUUCUCGAUGACUGAUUAUGUGAACGGACAGAUUUUUUCCAUAGCUAGUCAUCGAAUUUCCUAAGUAGCUAGCUAGCUGUCAUCAACUAGAAUUGGAUGACAUGGCUUGUAGAGACUGUAGCUGUAGUUAGCCUUGUUAUGGCUAUCCUUUUCACUAUAUUGUCUUCUGACACAAGUUGCUAAGUUACACUCGAUGGCAGACCAACCAUGGGCUUGCAGAGGUGGCUACCUAGCUUCGAAUCCAACUCUCUUUCUUGGAUUUUUAUUAGCCAGCUGACGUUAGCUAGCUAGUGUAGAAAAAAUCAUGAAAAAAGGCGACGAUAGAGGAAAUAGUAACGCGUAAAGCAUGCUUGCGCAAUUACUCACUACUGCAAGACAUUUCUCUGUUGAUCACAUUGUUUGCUUCCCUGAUGAUCAACACUUCCCCAUUCCCUUUUUUCCUGCGUUAAAGUUUCUCAGUUUUCACCCCACCCAGUAGGUGGCGUCAAUACACCUUUUUGGAUGUAGUCCACCAAUAAAAAUUCUAGGAAGAAGAAGGCUGGUAUGUUUUUCAGACUUCCCCUACAAACCAAUGUAAUCCUACAGUCAGUUUUAAAAUGUCUACUCAGAUCCCUACACAGGCUCUAGAGCCUGAGAGAGGGGAGUAUCUUCCGCAGUGGUGGAAAAAGUACCCAAUUGUCAUACUUGAGUAAAAGUAAAGAUACCUUAAUAGAAAAUGACUCAAGUAAAAGUGAAAUUCACCCAGUAAAAUACUACUUGAGCAAAAUUCUAAAAGUAUUUGGUUUUAAAUAUACUUAAGUAUCAAAAGUAAAUGUAAUAGCUAAAAUAUACUUAAGUAUCAAAAGUAAAAGUAUAAAUCCUUUUAUAUUCCUUAUAUUAAGCAAACCAGAUGGCAAGAUUAUUAUAUAUUUUUUUUAAUUUACGGAUAGCCACUCCAACACUCAGACAUAAUUUACAAAUGAAGCGUUUGUGUUUAGUGAGUCCACCAGAUCAGAUGAAGUGGGGAUGACCAGGGAUGUUCUCUUGAUAAGUGAGUGAAUGGGACCAUUUUCAUGUCCUGCUAAACAUUCAAAAUGUAACGAGUACUUUUGGGUGUCAGGGAAAAUGUAUGGAGUAAAAAGUACAUUAUUUUCUUUAGGAAUGUAGUAGAGUAAAAGUAAAAGUUGUAAAAAAUAUAAGUAGUAAAGUACAGAUACCGAAAAAAAUGACUUAAGUAGUACUUUAAAGUAUUUCUACUUAAGUACUUUACACCACUGAUCUUCCGACAGUAUUCCCUGCAAUGUUUCUGCUGUGAAGUACUGAAGUUCCAAUAAUAUGUUUGCCACUUUCACAAUGAUAUCUAGUCUCUUUGAUUUUGUUGGAAAAUUAGUUUGUCCUGUACAAUUAAUCACCUGCGCAAUGAACGCAACAAAAUCCACCUUCACCAUUCGUAUUUCAGAAUAUUUUAUCUGAUGAACGACAUCAACAGGCUGCUGGUUAUCCACUGCCAUAGCUUCAUAAUCUCUACUCUCUCAACAAUUUUGACAGCCUCCGCAUAGGAGACCUGCUCGACAGCCUUGAUCCUCGCUACUUUGACCUCCUUCACCCUAACAGGGCACUCAGUGAACUCUGGAACGUGAUUCCCAUCACAAUUGCAGCAUUCUGCAUCCUCAGACUCUUCAACACUGAUAUUCCGUCUGCAAAUACUUGACCGGUGGCCAAAGUUUUUACAUUUAUAACAUUGUAGUAGUUUUUGUACAUAUGCUCACAGUACGGGUUAAUUGACAUGCCCCAACUAUUCUCGGCAUGUUGUCCCUAAACCAUGAAGCCUCGAUAUCCAGCGAGACGCCAGAGAUGACACCUUUAUUCGGCGCCUUACUCUGAAAAUUAUCAUUCUCCACUUUGUACAUUGAAAGUUUAUAGAGCCACAGAGCUUUCUCCUUUCGCUCUUUCGAUACACAUGUAAUCACCGUGAUACCACUCCUGGUCACUCUGAACGACUCCACCUUUCCCAAUUCGUCAGUCACCAUCUUAGUAACCGCAAACGGGUCUCCCAAAUGAGCAUCCUUAUUCAUGAAACGUACUCCAACCAGAAGCUGCUGUUCAUUUCCAACUUGUGCUUUUUUUUUAGCUCCAUUCUUGUUUAUUACCGUCGUCCAGUCAUUCUUACCGACUUCACUCACGCCAACAGAAUCAAACAUUGCAUGGAGCUUCCGCCAUUACACGACCUGCCACCACUGGGCCAGAUUCAAGUUGGUCCAUCCCCCUUCCAUAUUCCUCCUAACCCUUUCUCCGUCUCUCCUUGUAGCUAGCUAGCAUAUCCAUUCCGUCCAACAUCGUUCCCGCUUAUCAAAGUACUACCACUUACCAGCCUCCCAUGCCCUUUACCCUGUCCCUACUUAACAUUUCAUCUAAUUAGAGAUGAGCAGGCCGUGCGUGUGUUGCCAAUGGGCUUGUGUUUUCAUUUAGCAAGGAAGCCAAUAUUAGCUAGAAAGCUUCAACACACUGGGAGAACACUCAGAACAGGUGUUAUGCAAGCUGUCAUUUUCCCAGUUGAUUUACAUUCACCAAAAGUAUGUAUGUUUGAAAUAUUAUGCAACCAAUAGCAAAUACCUUUGGAUACCAGCUUCAGAAUGAAAAUCUGAUCGGUUUUGUUGGAGCAAUUGGUUAGAACACUAAAUGUCUUUGUGCAGAAGGUCCCUUGUUCACACCCUGGUCUGGAUAACGACGUGAACUACUCUGUUGCACUUAAUUCUCAGCCCAUAUCAACCUAUUGACCUCACAUUCCACCUUGAAUAAAAAUCUCCCCAUAUUGACAUCUCUCCAAAACCUCUCUCCAACCUUGUCCUCUCUCUCUCUCCCAACCAGCUCAUACAGAAUGCCUGGAUCAGCCCCAGCCAACGGCGAGGCCACGUGGCCCAAAGAUGUGGGUGUCAUCGCCCUGGAGAUCUACUUCCCCUCACAGUACGUGGACCAGGCCGAGCUGGAGCAGUUUGACGGCGUGUCCGCUGGUAAAUACACGGUGGGCCUGGGCCAGGCGCGAAUGGGCUUCUGCUCGGACCGCGAGGACAUCAACUCCCUCUGCCUGACGGUGGUCCAGCGGCUGAUGCAAAGGAAUGGCCUCUCCUACGACCAGGUGGGCCGUCUGGAGGUGGGCACGGAGACCAUCAUCGACAAGUCCAAGUCGGUGAAGACGGUUGUGAUGCAGCUUUUCGAGGAGUCGGGCAACGCGGACGUGGAGGGGAUUGACACGACCAACGCUUGCUAUGGGGGCACCGCCGCCCUCUUCAACGCCGUCAACUGGGUGGAGUCCAGCUCCUGGGACGGUGAGAGGCGUUGUUUUAACGUUGUGUUGACAUCGUGUCAAUGUUUUGUUGACCCUCCCAAGUGUGGUGUGUUUGACUGUGUGUGACUGUCUAUUUUAGUCAAAUUUUGGACUGAAGAACACACAAGGCGUAAGUCUGACACACUGCCUCUAAAUGGACCUACCUUAGACUUAGUAUGCUGACAAUAGAAUAACCUUAAAUCAAAUGUAUCAGUCCAUAAUGAGAGAAGAAAUCCUCUGUUAUUCAUAAAUAAUAUUCUGUAUUUGUGUUACUUACUGACAUCUCUUUCUGUCCUGUAGGUCGUUAUGCCCUGGUGGUGGCAGGAGACAUUGCAGUUUAUGCCACAGGAAGUGCCCGGCCAACAGGGGGCGCCGGUGCGAUAGCCAUGUUGGUAGGGCCCAACGCCCCACUGGCUUUUGACAGAGGUAGGUCAAUAUCCUACUGUGUGGAAAUAGUUGAUGUUGACACGCUGACUGAAUCAUGACUCCCCCAGCCUGUUUAUUAUAGACACAGUUCCUCUGUUGUUGUUUGUUAAUGUCGUUCAGGUCAAUGUCAGUUCAACAGUUGACACACAAGCGUGUACACACACACACACACACACACACACACACACACACACAAUAUCACUCACUGCUCAUCUUACUGACGAAUACACAGCUUUGUUUACAUUUCAACAAGCCAUGUGUCAAAGACACCGCCAGUAUGUUUCCGUCUCAUGGAUAGCCAGCCAUUCAUCCACUGUCUGUCUGAAUAUAUUUGAUGCUGUACAACAGGGUUGGGGUCAAUUCCAUUUCAAUUCCAGUCAAUUCAGGAAGUAAACUGAAAUUCCAAUUCCAAUUCUCUUCAAUGCAUUUCAAUGAGGAAAAUGUGGAAUUGGAAUUUGGUUUACUUUCUGAAUUUGACUGGAAUUAAAAUGGAAUUGACCCCAACCCUGGUGUACAAUGGGUGUAAAAUGGUGCAUCAUGGUUGACCUUGCAGGUCUGAGGGGUACACACAUGCAGCACGCCUACGACUUCUACAAGCCAGAUAUGGCGUCAGAGUAUCCUGUGGUGGACGGAAAGCUGUCUAUCGAGUGCUACCUCAGCGCGUUGGAUCGCUGUUACUCUGUCUAUCGCAACAAGAUCCACGCACAGUGGCAAAGAGGUGAGAGAAAUUAUCAUUUGUACAUUUUAUAAGAUGCACUUUGCUUGUUUGAUCAUUGAUUAAAAAAAUAAUUGUUCACUUCAAUGCAUCCACCAUACCUAUUCAACAGGCCUUGGUCAAUUCAAACACUCAGGUUAAUUCAAAACACUUUAGGCUGAAUCCUAAGUAGGUCAAGUGGGCUUAAGCCAGGCCCAUAGAUCCCUUUAUAGUCUAAGAAGUUAACUAAGGUUUACUAAGGUUCAUUUCCACCGGGGCCUGAAAUUGGUUUAGUGAUAGUAGCCUGUUGCCAAUGUCAUCACAGAGAGUAGUUAGGUUAGGUACCAGAUUGGACAGUGAUCCUGAAUACUUUGUCCUUGUGUCACCCACCUCUCUGUAGUAUCAGAGACCAUUUUAACAAAAGCCUGUAUUUUCCCACUAUCAAUAUCAAUGUGGAACUUACCCAACCAUGAUCUUGAUUGAAUUCUUGUACGGCCUUUCUAGCAGACCUGGGUCAAAUACAUUUAGCCAAAUACUUUCAAAUACUUCAAAUAUGUGUAUUUCAGGUGUGCUUGAGUUAGCUUAUGUUGUUCCUGGCAACUGAAAUUGAGGCAGCUCAGGUAUUUGAAAGUAUUUGGUACUGUAGUGUUUGACCCCGGUUUUAUCAUUGACCAUCUGAGUAAAACUGUGUAUUUUGUUUUUAUAUUAGAUGAGUUUUAUUAGUUACAUGCACAGGGUCGCGGGGGUCAGGAGGGGGACAGGGAGAGCAGGUAGCUGCCUAGUGGUGGUGAUUCAGCAGCCUGAUGGUCUGGGGGUAGAAGCUAUUGGCCAGUCUGACAGUUUUUCCCAUGAUGCACCUAUACUGCCCGUGUCAGAGUGAUUGAAGUGGGGAGAACAGGCCGUGGCUCGGGUGGCUGAGGUCCUUGAUGAUUGUCUUGGCCUUCCUGCGACACCUGUCAGUGUGGCUGAAACAUGUCCUGUGUUCUUCACAGAGGGUGUGGACAAGCGUUUCAGCCUGGAGGACUUUGGCUACAUGGUGUUCCACUCUCCCUACUGCAAGCUGGUGCAGAAGUCCUUAGCCCGUCUGGUGCUCAACGACUUCCUCAGCCACCCCAGCCCCAACACAGAGACUGGACCAUUCAGUGGCCUGGAGGCUUUCAGGUUAGAACCUUCAGGCAACGUAUUAUCAAUGUAGUGCGCUACUUUUGAUUGGUCAGAAAUUACGAUAGAUAUAUUCUCACACACAUCUACAAUGGCACAUUUAUUCAAGUAACUUUGAUCCUCCAAUCAUAAUCCAACCAAGAUUACCCUAACUCCUGGUUGGAAUACUUAUAUACAAAAUGAUUGAACCUUUAUUUCCAUAGGGAAGUCCCAGGGAGCCCUGCUUCACAAAAAUGCAGCAAAAAUACCAAUUACAUAAUAAGGAAGUUACAAUUACAACAACAAAGAUGAGAGCAUGAGAAAUUAGAAAAAGCUCAAAUGCGAUAUUGUUCCAGUUUGUCCCCAGAAUAGCGUUGAAAACAGCUCUACAUAUACUGUAUAUAUUACUCUAAAUGGCUCCAUCCUUCUCUCUGUGUGCUGAGCAGGGAGGUGAAGCCGGAGGAGACCUACUUCAACAGGGAUGUGGAGAAGGCCUUCAUGAAGGCCAGCACGGAGAUGUUUGACCAGAAGACCAAGGCCUCCCUCCUCGUCUCCAACCAGAACGGCAACAUGUACACCCCCUCCGUCUACGGCUGCCUUGCUUCUGUAAUCGCACAGUAAGUCUCCCUAUGAAUCAGAGUAAACUAAUUGUACAUAAAGGUACUACUUGAAAGACUACUUGAAUUACUACUUGAAUUAGUCAUUAGAAAGAAGAAAUGCACAUAACAUUAGUGUCAUUAUUACUGUGUAAUUAUGCCUGAAAGGACAGUGUAACAACGUUUGUAAUUACUCUUUGUUACAUUGUCCUUACUGACCUAUGCCUAAGCACAGUGUAAAUACAGUAUAACUGUGUUAUUACAGUAGUUGUUAUACAAUACUUACAGAAAUAAUGACUCAGUACUGUAACAAUAAGGACACUGUAAUUAAGUGUUGCUGAAAUUAUAUAAUUAUGGAGAGGCACACGUAGGGAGUGUUUGCGUGUGUGUGUGUGUGUGUGUGUGUGUGUAACACGUUUUUUCCUGGACAGACACACACCUCAGCACCUGGCAGGCCAGAGAAUCGGCCUGUUCUCCUACGGCUCAGGGUUUGCCGCCACACUCUACUCCCUCCGAGUCUCCCAGGACGCCACGCCUGGUAGGUUCACCUCACACUGGGGUCCGUCACCUGUAUGGGACGGGGGAAACGCCUUGUCAACAGAGAUGGGUUCCACUGACAUUUACCCUCCAGGGGACUAGAAAUGAACCUGUUGCCCCCUCCCUCUAGUCUUGACACUUCUUGUAGAUCACUAAGGAUUAGAUGGGUGGGCAAAUGAGGCAAUAGAGCCACCUACCUUCUGGGAAAGAGAAUUGUCUAGUGCUAGGGGUAAUGGAUUGAGCUGGUUGUUUUUGGACUGAGCAUUGGUUAUUUAGUUGAAAUAUGAAUGAGUAGGUAUUGGGAAAGUCAUGUGGUCUUUCCUUGGGUCUGUAUUUAUCGUCUGUUGGUUGGCCGUCUCCCUCCCUCAGGCUCUGGAUUGGAUAAGCUCUGUGCCAGCCUGUGUGACCUCAAGGCCAGACUGGACUCUAGGAGGAAGGUGUCACCUGCCAUGUUCGCAGACAACAUGCAGCUGAGGGAAGAUACUCACCACCUAGGUAUGUCUGCACACACACACACACACACACACAUACUCACACACACACACACACACACACACACACACACACACACACACACACACACACACACACACACACACACACACACACACACACACACACACACACACACACACACACACACACACACACAUACUCACACACACACACACACACACACACACACACACACACACAUACUCACACACACACACACACACACACACACACAUACUCACACACACACACACACACACACACACACACACACACACACACAUACUCACACACACACACACACACACAUACAUACUCACACACACACACACACACACACACACACACACACACACCCUUUCAUUUGAAACCAUGUCCGUCCCUUUCCCAUCCAGCACCUUACGUGCCCCAGGGUUCUGUGGAGGAGCUGUUCCCUGGGACGUGGUACCUGACCCGGGUGGACGAGAAGCACCGCCGGGAGUACGCCAGACGCUCCCUGAAUGACGACCUGCCCCUGGAGGCUGGCCUGGUCAACUCCACCACAGCCACUGAGGUACAAUACAAUUGUAUUGUUCAACGUAAAUCGGAAAUUAAAUAAUUGAUAAAUUAAAUAAUAUUCCCAACCCCUGCAGUCACUACUCAUACAUAUUAGAGGCUGGAAGCAGCACAUUGUAUGGAGGCUAGGUCACUGAGAGACAUUUAGUUUGCAUGCAGGCACCACACUUAAAAAGAACUAAAUGCACACAGAGACAGGGGAAAAAAAACUAGCUUCAAUGUAACAUUCACCAUUGUUCCAUAUUCAAUCAUUAUAUUAGCUACAUAAAAAGUGACAUUAAAAAGCAUGAACUGAUUUUUCCAUGUUGCUUCCUUGUUCCCAGCAGCACAUCCCAAGCCCAGUGAAGAAGAUGCCCCGCCUCCCCGCCUCCACAGCUGGUCCCGAGGCGGUCACCGUUAGCAACGGGGAUCAUUAAGCUAAGCUUACCUCUGUGAGGUACAGGUAGACAUGGAGGACGACCAACAAACGACAUCGGAAACACAAUUGUAAUGCUAGCAGAGAGGACCCCCGUGCACCAUCUUCUCAGAUAUGUUUUCUAACUUAUUGCCGAAUGCUGCGUAACACUAAGCUAUUUAACUAUCACAUCUUCAACCAUCAUUGCUCUCAAAUAUGUAACGGGGAGUAAUAUUAUAUGAAAUGUGCAUGUUCCAUUGGAGGCAUGGAAAGGAAAGGUGUUUAUCAAGGUAGCAGACAUUCCUGGAACUAAAGUCCUCAAGAUUCCACAUAAUUCAGGGUGAAAAUGUUGAUCCGAUUUCGGCUAUUAAGAUUAUUUUACAUAAGUUUGCAUUUCCCUUUUUCAAAAAGAAUAAAAGAAAGUAUUUAUAGCCCAACAACUUCAACAAGCUCUUUUGAUUUAAUUUGGACCCAUUCUUUUAUUUAAAUUAUUUUUUAUCUGGGGGGGACCCCGAGUGGCGCAGCGGUCUAAG